CAUUUCCUCACACUUUGAAAAAAUACUUGAAGCAAUUAACUAUAAAAGCUGUAGACCUGGUCAAACGACGUUAUUCUAAAUCAGAGCGUUGGAGUGAAGAGAUCAUUUAGGGUCUAGAAUAUAAUUUUUGAAAUCAUUUCGAAAUGACUUUUCACAUUAGGUAUAUCGUAUUGACUGCGUGUAUUUUUAUCAUUGAAAAAUCAUUAGCCAAACCGACUCUAGUACAAAGUGUAAAAGUUGGCAAUGUACCGGAUCCUGUAUCUCAACCGGUAUCAGUGGAUGCUGCACAGGAUGCAGAGAGUGCAGAUUCCGUGAGAAGUCAACGUUCUCCGCAAUUUGGAUUCCAAGAUGAUUACGAUGACAGUUCCGACUAUUUCAAUGAUUCUGAAGCUCGGCAUUUCAAACACGGUCACAAGCACAAACACAGACCACACCAUAGGCCUCAUCACGGUGGACACGGCUGCCGUAAACAUCACGGCUGUGACGGAGGAUGGCAACCGCACUAUGAAGUCGUUCACCAAGGAGGUCAUCAAGGACAUGAAGUAGGACAUGAAAUUGGUCACGGAGGUGGACAUGAAUUUGGACACGGAGGUGGACAUGGAUCAUUCGCCACAGCUUCCGCAGGAUCAUUAGGCGUCGGUGACCAUCAUGGACCACAAAGUCAGUCCCACGCUCAAAGUGCAAGUUUUAGCGUGGGACCUUACACGGCAAGUUUUAGUUCUGCUCACGCGUCCUCUGGGGGUCCUGGAGGAUUUGAAGGACUUGACUAUUGAGCAGCGGACUGAUCGAAUUUAAAUUAUAUUAAUUACGUCAUUGUUAUUUAUUAUCGUUGAUAGUUUAAUGAAAUUGGAAUAAAGCCCUAUUUUAUAGAAAAAUAAUGAA